AGCUUUUUCCUCCUCAUUUUUUGAUACUGGGUUCUAUGCCCUCUACAAUCAUGAAUCCACUUGCUAUCAUUACCAGCAGAGAAAUCUCUCUCUCUCUCUCUCUCUCUCUCUCUCUCUCUACAUGCCAACCACACGGUACAUACACAAAGGCGAACCCAUGCAUCUAUAUUUAUAUGAGCAUGCAAACCAUUCUUCUCUCAAUUUCCACUCUCACCUCAACACCAUAAAUCUUAUGCUCCUGCCAAUUUUAAUAGGAAGGCCGACAAUAACCCAAGAAGAUGUGUACCAACAACACUGAAAAGCUUCCAUCUGGUCUGGUCCAUUCUUUUGAAAGAAAACAACGAUCGAAGCGAUCUAAAGUACAAGUUCCCAGGCGAGUCAGGAAAAAGUGCGAAGAAAAGGCAGAGAAAGAUAUGGAACUAAAGAACCUGAAGUUAUUUUUGGAGAACCAAAGUUUAAUUGAAGAGAAUGAGAAGCUGAGGAAAAAGGCCAGUGUUCUUCACCAAGAGAACUUAGCCUUAAUGUCCGAGUUUCAGAACAAAUUCCCCGACUCGGACAGUUUCUUCGAUUCUCUACCUUUGUUCUUCUUCACAAACACUAAUAACAGAAGAUGAGAGACAUAUUCUCUGUUUUUUAGUACAGAAGGAAAUUAGUAUUUUCCUGGGUUCAUAUCUUGUUUAAAUUUGGUGAAAUAUUGUAAGAUAUGAAAGUUUGGACACUUUAUAUAUGGCUAUGUUCAUGCGUUUCUACA